AUGGGUUCAAGUAGCUCAACUGCAGAUGAUAUUAAUGCUCUGGAGAUACAUCAUUGGUACGGAAAAUUCAUGAGAGAGUGUCCAUCUGGACAGCUCAGCCUGCAUGAGUUUAAAGGAUUACUUGGCCUGCAAGGAAUGAAUCUAGAGGCAAACCGAUACAUUGAGCAAGUAUUUGGCACCUUUGAUAUGAACAAGGAUGGAUUUAUUGACUUUUUGGAAUUCAUUGCUGCAAUUAACUUGGUUUUACGAGGAAAAAUUGAUCAGAAAUUAAAGUGGUAUUUUAAACUAUAUGAUGCAGAUGGAAAUGGAGCAAUCGACCGAAAAGAAUUGCUAAGUAUUAUAACGGCAGUUCAAGCUAUAAAUGGUCACCAAGGAAUGAGCCCAGAAGAAUUCACAGCCAUGCUGUUUCAAAAAAUUGAUGUCAAUGGAGAUGGAGAACUGACGUUAGAUGAGUUUAUCAAUGGAAUACAAAAGGAUGCCACUCUUUUCGAAUUAAUUUCUAAAAGUUUUGAUCUUUCUAAUGUAUUAAAAACAAUACAGAAUGGAAGACGGAAAAGUAUCCCAUAAAAGACUCUCUCCUAUUUAGGAUUUCUUUCUAUACUGUAUGUUACUGUCUUUCUAUAAGCAGGUGUCUAUUACUGUUUACAAAGAUACUUUAUGAGGAUUUUACUGCUGAUUGUUCAAUGAUUAUUGUAAGAUUGAUGAUAACCGAGGAGUAUAGCAAUAGUAAGACAAGCUUUUUACAAGUUCAAAGCAUUGAUUUAAAGGUAUGUUAUAUUUUAUGUAAUAUGACAUGACUAUACCAGACUUUACCAGGCCGGGAAAAGUAAUCUCUCAGCUAUUAACUGAUUCAAAUCCAGUUUAAAUGAAUUAAAAAAGUAUUAACUUCUAUCUGGAUUACUUAAGAAUAGUGAAGAUACUGUCUGACCUUUUAAUGUAACUAAUCACUACUUACAGUAAGUAAGAAAUAACACUGCAAUGCUCAGCUACCCAAACAAUGUUUUUUUAUAAGGUCAGGACACUACUAACAGCUUUUUAAUGCAGUGAAUAAAACCAUUGGAAAUAUUUAAUUCUUAUUUAAAAAAAAUUGUAAUAAACAGAGCUGUCAAUGU